UAGUGUCCUGUAUCUCCAACCUACCGUUACAUUUGAAAACAGCACAGAGUGUAUAAGAGCUCUCUCACACAUGAGCAAUGGAUGUACUCAGAAACACACCGGCGUUCUUAGUGUGUUUACUAUGUUUUGAAGCUGCUAUUGCACAAGAUGGUUGGUUCGGACCAAACAAAGAGUUCAGAUGUCACUGUGAGUCAAGUUGUAGCUCUGAUGGUACUUGUCUGGGUAAUGGAAAGUGUGCCAGAGGCUGGUUUGGUCUGAAAUGCCAACAUCAAGAUCUGACAGUGCUGGAAAACACGAUUCUAUCACCGAAUAAUAAUGUACUGACAGACAGAGAUGAUAGUACGUGUUUGAGCCAACCAGUAACUGUCACUUUUAACAGGACCUAUGUUUUGACUUGGCUGAGACUCGUUGUUAAAGAUCUAGCUUUAUUGCCAGGAUUUACCAUACAGUUUAGUAAAACUACCACAGCCACAUUAAAAUUAGAAUGUCUGAACCAGAAAUAUUUCCUUGUGGACUACGAUACAUUCGACAUACAAUGUGAUCUGCCAGAAGCUAUUCAAACUGUUAUCAUCACUGGAAUAGGACAAACAUCACUUUGUUCGCUGUAUAUUAAUGGAGGUCGUAGCAUUGCUUUGAAACAAAAGACGGCGCAAUCAAGUACUUACUCAGACAGCCACGGUACAUUUGAUGCUUCUAAAGCUGUAGAUGGAAUCACAAACUCAGAUUUUUUUGUCGGAAGCUGCACACACACAGCUAUUGGAGAUAUAAAACCAAUGUGGACUGUGACAUUCCCACUUUUCGAGAUAUCAAGAUAUGUUUUAUACAAUAGAAAUGAGAUUAUGGCACGACUCGCAGGCUUUGUUUUAGUUGGAGAAAAUUCUGGAUCUCAAAAGUUUAACUACAUCGACCCUUCUAUUCCUACAACAGGGUUGCCUGUUUAUAUUGUUGUUGAUCCUGCUAGAAAUAGCCUGACCCAAGUGAAGAUAAGCACCAACGAGUAUUUAACCUUAUGUGAAACGGAAAUUUACGGAGAAUGCCCAGCAGGUACCUAUACGUCACCAGAUCUCCAAUGUACCAACUGUCCAGUAAAAUGUGCCAACAUUUGCCAUCAGGAUAGUGGCUUAUGCUAUGAUUGUAGCGGUUACAGUGACCCACCAAAUUGUAAUAUAGUAUGUGCUAAAGACAAGUGGGGACCUGACUGUCAGAUCAACUGUACAAACAAAUGUUUUAACUUGUCUUGUGAUAGAGAGACUGGGAAAUGUGACAACGGAUGUGAUGGAUUCAUGGAUCCUCCUGAUUGUACUGUAGAAUGUCAAUCUGGACAAUGGGGACAUAACUGUUCUAAUGAAUGUGACUCUAGGUGCAAAGACAAGUCAUGUGAUAGAGUUACUGGACUUUGUGUCUACGUCUGUGACAGCCAUACAAAUCUCUCCUGCCCUGCUGAUUGUCCAAGCGGCUACCAUGGUUCCAAUUGUACCCUCAAAUGUUCCUCCACCUGUAAAAAUCAGUUAUGUAAUGGACUUGGCUACUGUAUCACAUGUUUACCAGGACAUACCGGUCUCUACUGUGAGAAUGGUCUGAAUUCCGAGACUGGUUCCAGUGGUCUUACAUUUUCAUCCGGUGUUGGUAUUGGAGUAGCUGUUGGUGCUAUUGUUAUCAUCUUGGUUGGUGUUGUAGUUGUUAUUGUGUGUAGAACCAGAAUUACAACAUUUAGAAACCGAAGCAAUAAGGACUCUCAAACUGCACCUCAACAACGGACUUAUGAUAGCUUAAAACAAAUGAAUGAAUACAGUCACUCGUAUGAAACAUCUAAAUCUACUUCUGAAGUUCAAGUCAAGUCAGAUACAAAGAAUAAAAAGCGGGAAGAGGACGACAACAGAACAAUACAAUAUGAGAACGCAUCAAAUACAGUUUAUGAGACAGUCGGAUAA